AUGCAACCCCACACCCCAGGCUGCCCACGGGUGUCCCGGCAGCUCACCGCCACUCUCGGCGGCCCCGAAAACCGGGCUCAAAAACACGCGAGCAGACAGCACCCCACGAGGAGGGAGAUCCCGACGGCAGGAAGCGACCCCCGCCAGGCUCCCCCAGGGCUGCUUCACACCCUUCGCCCUAACUUUCCCGUCCAGGAGCAGCCCCCCCGCCGACCAGAGCCAAGAAAACUAAAGUCGGGCUGGGGGCUGAGGGGGCCACAGGGGCCCGAGUCUGGGCUAGCUCUGGCGGGAGGGUGCUGUGGGGUCACCCGCUGCGGGCAAGGCGACGGUCAGCACCAAGGUGGCAGUGCUGGGGGGCUGACCUCCUGCCCUUCCCCUACGUGCAUUAUACCUUUCAGAAGCCACAAGUUCAUGCUGUCGCAUCUCGUCCUUGAGCUUUUUUGGGGCAUAUCACGGCACUUCCCUACUGUUCCCCCUCUCGAUGGGCUGUGUUGCACGAGGGGCAGCCUUGCCUCCUUCCCCCUGCCCCUAGCUCCCCAGACCAGCAGCGGGAGCAGCCCUGGGCCGGCCCUGCGCUCACAGACCCCGGAGGCAUCGUCCUGUGUGCCAGGGGAUGGGGUCGCUGAGAACGACCGGAUCCCACGUCUAAAAAGAAUCAUCGUACCGACGAGCGCCCGCCAGAAGACAUUGGGAGUUCCUAUCGAGCAGAUGCAAAGGGUCGCACACGUUCGCUAAAAUCGGCGGUGUGCACUCACUCGCCAAAGAAGCGCAGCUUAAAAACCGAUAUAAAAUUACCGGGAACGUCCCGCUGUGUCUAAGAAACACCUCCCAGAAAGCAGUAACCAUCACAUUCAGACUUAGUUAUUAGUGAGAUACCUGUGGCCGCCAAUGAAACUGACCCAAGCAGCGUCAUUCACCUGCUAAAUAAUUUUAAAAUAAACAGUUUUAGUUUUUGUU